UGAGCCGCGUGAAUUGGGUGUCAUAUUCCGAAAUCUCCGCUGGCGUCCUGGGCAAAGUUGCAGCUGCUGCAGGAGGUCCCAAGGUUCGAGAUAGGCCUGACACCCUGCCCGUUGAGGAUGCCCCGCGCGGGCACCAUCUCCAUUUCUGCCCGCGACGCCGGCUUGUACCGUUCGCUCGUUAGCGCCGCCGCCAUUGCGUCCUCAAGCCUCACCUCAUCACGCGCGCGCGCGGUUUCCAGGCAUUGCAUCCCCUUUCCCUCGAUCCAGGCCGCCUAAAUGCAAAUCGGACGGUUACCCGUGGACAGAAACUGUAUCGCGCAUCCUAUCCUGAAACACUUCUUGCCGUCCUCGACUUCCCUCGCUGCCUGGGCAAACGCUCGAACACCUUAACGGCAAGGCCUUGCCACCGAUGCGCGCUCUCCGCCUCCGGCGCCGGCUGCCUCUGCCCCUGACCACGAGGCCCUUCUCCUCCUCCGAGUCCAACGAGAUCCCCACCGUCUACUCCUUCCUCCAGCCGUCCAUCUUCGCGCCGCGCCCCAAGCCCCAACCGCCGCCGCCCCCACCCCCGGCCCAUGACCCCGCCCCCGGAAAGACGCUGCCCGUCGCCGACGCCGCCGCUCUCGAGUCCGACCUCCUCACCGCCGUCGCCGAUGACUGCUCGGAUGACGCGUGGCUCGCAUUCAAGUCCCUGGCCGCGGCCUCCCAGUCGCCCUCGCCCCCCGCCGCUGCCGCGCUCGUCUCCCACCUCGCAGCGGCCCAGCACCGGCUAGGCCUCAAGCGCGCCUUCGCCGCGGCCGUCUUCCUGCUGGAGAAGAGCCCCCACGCGGCGCCCGUCCCGGAGGCCGCUCUCGGGGCCCUCUUCUCCGCGCUCGCCGCGGCGGACUCCGCCGCCCCGGCGCUGGCGCUCGCUCGCGCGAUGCUCCGCUGCAGGCGCCGCCUCCCGGCGUUCUCGGCCUGGGGACACCCUCUUAUAGAGCUCACCCGCGCCGACGCAGGAGCUUUUGCGGCCUUCCUGAAGGUGUUCGACGAAGCCUGCAAGCUCGUGGUGGAGGAGAAGUCCCCUGCUGAGGCAGCGGCCAUGCGCCCUGACCUUGCUGCCUGCAAUGAUGUUCUUGCUGGUUGCUGCCGGAGGCUCGGUUCGGUGGCAGAUGCUGAGAGGGUCCUGAAGACUAUGUCGGUCGUUGGGGCCUCGCCAGAUGUACAGAGCUUUGCAUGCCUCGCCUUCUUGUAUGCUUGGAGAGGCGUUCCUAGCAGGAUUGAUGAGCUCGAUAAAUUGUUUGAUGCUCUGGGCUUCAGCAAGAAGGGAUUUUUCAAGAAUUUGGUCAGUGGGUACUUGAAACCCGGCAGCUUCGAGUCAGCUUCAUCUGUCAUUCUCCGUGCAUUGAAGGAGAGAAGAGUUGGGGAUGGCAAUGCACUCGAUCAGGAAAGCUAUACGGAGGUUGCACAAUACUUUGUUGAUCAGGGGAGGAUUAAGGAACUAGCUCAGUUGAUCAUCCAAGCACAGGAGAUUGAGCUCACUCAGCAAUCUCUGUCAGUUGAGGAUUCUGUUGGGUAUGGGAUUGUCAAUGCUUGUGUUGAGCUUGGCCUAUUGAACAGAGCUCAUAGCAUACUCGAUGAAAUGACUGCUCAAGGAGCCUCCGUGGGGCUUGGUGUGUACUCAUCAAUCUUGAAAGCGUAUUGCAAGGAACGGAAGACUGCAGAGGCUGCACAGCUCGUGGCAGAGAUUAGUGCAGCAGGGCUACAGCUUGAUGCCAACAGUUAUGAUGCUCUUAUUGAUGCGUCGAUGACAGCUCAUGAUUUCCAGUCUGCAUUUGCUCUUUUCAAGGAGAUGAGGGAGGCAAGGCUACCAGAACUUAGGACAAGUUAUCUUACUAUAAUGACAGGCUUGACAGAGAAUAAUCGGCCUGGCCUCAUGGCUUCAUUCUUGGAUUCAGUGGUUGAUGACCCGAGGAUAGAGAUUGCUACACAUGAUUGGAACUCAAUAAUUCAUGCUUUCUGCAAGGUCGGGAGGUUAGAGGAUGCUAGAAGGACAUACCGAAGGAUGGUAUUCCUGAGAUUUGAACCAAAUAGUCAGACAUACCUUUCACUUAUCAAUGGGUAUGUCUCAGCUGAGAAGUACUUCAGUGUGCUCAUACUAUGGACAGAAGUGAAGAGGAAGGGGGCUGAAUUCAACCACGAGUUGGUCGAUGCUUUUCUGUAUGCUUUGGUGAAGGGAGGGUUCUUUGAUAUGGCAAUGCAGGUGAUUGAGAAGGCACGAGAAUGCAAAAUAUUUGUUGAUAAAUGGAGGCACAAGCAAGCAUUCAUGGAAACCCACAAGAAACUGAAAGUGUCAAAGCUAAGAAAGCGCAACUUCAGGAAAAUGGAAGCCCUGAUAGCUUUCAAGAAUUGGGCUGGUCUCAAUACAUAACACCGCAACCUUUUUGUCAAUCUAUCAUGGGUUAUGGCUGAAUUCCAACAUCUUCUGGAAGCUGUAGCUAGCACUAUGGAUCUUCAGAGAUGGUCAAGUGAAGCAGAUGUGUGGCCGUGAUAAGUUUGCAACGAGGUUAUGGAAAUUGGUUCACUUGUGUUAUCUGUGUUAUUUUAGGAAUAGAUGUUUACUUCAUACUUUAUAGACUGACUUGUCUAAGUACUAGUUUUUAAUAGGACCCUGUUCCAACUCCAAACCAUGUAAAGGUUUCGAGAUUGAGCUAUUGCUAUCGGC